GGCCUGCUGCGACCUUCCUAGAAAUAGUCAAACGCAACGCGGAGUCAGUGUGACGAAGUGCGUCGUGCGCAGCGGCAGCGUUUUCCAAAUUUCCCCUUCGUUGAACCCAAAAAAUCGAGAAAGUGCUGUAGCUGUGUGAGUGCGGGCAGUGAAAGAUACAGAUACAGAUACGGAUCUUUGGCCACAUGUCUGUUCGUUGGCAGGAAAAGCAUGCAUUUGCAGUGAAGUUCUAAGCAACAUUAAAUCAAACAACAAAACGAAAAUCAAACAAUUGAAGUGGAUUCCAAACUAAGAAAAAUAAACUAAAAACCCAAGAAGUCAGCAUGGAGAACCUACAGCUGGAAAACGGCUUGGAAAGGAGGACCACCAGCCAGAGUUCCACUUCAUCAGCGAAUCCGACAGAUCCUGUGAGUCCCACCGAUGAAUGCGGUUGUGUGCGGCUGGGCAAAUGCAAAUGGUUCAACGUGGCCAAGGGAUGGGGCUUCCUUACACCCAACGACGGCGGCCAGGAGGUGUUCGUCCAUCAGAGCGUCAUCCAGAUGUCAGGUUUCCGAUCACUGGGCGAGCAGGAGGAGGUGGAGUUCGAGUGCCAGCGCACGUCGCGCGGACUGGAGGCCACCAGGGUGUCCAGCAGGCAUGGCGGUAGCUGCCAAGGCAGCACCUACAGGCCACGAAUAAAUCGCCGGACUCGCCGCAUGCGCUGCUACAACUGCGGCGAAUUCGCCAACCACAUUGCCUCCGAAUGCGCCUUGGGUCCUCAGCCGAAGCGCUGUCAUCGCUGCCGUGGAGAAGACCAUCUCCACGCCGACUGCCCGCACAAAAAUGUGACCCAAAGCCACAGUAAUAGCAAAAGAAACAGCAACAAUAGCAGCAGCAGUGCAGCCCAAGAGAAGAGCGAGGAGGCCACCUAGGAAGUCCUUGGACCAUGGACUGGUAGUUGGAAGUUACAAACUUCGUUGAUAAGUACAAAAUGGAAAUCUAAGAAAAAACACGCAUCAAAUCAAAGAAACCCACGUACAACAAAACUAGCUACUACAUUUAGAUAUUAGCGGGAUGAGACGCAGCCCGGAAACCAUCCUAUCCUAAGUUUAUUUUCUAUUUUAACAUUAUUUUCUAGGAACCAUAGUUGCUAAGGUUUUUCACUAGAGUACAAGUAAACGAAUUAAGCUAGAGAGCA